AGGGGACGAGGGGGAGGAGAGAUGGUGGCGAUGGGCGCGGAGGAUGAGGAGGAGCGGCGGAUGCACCAGGGGUGCAUGGCCGGGUUCCUCCACCUGUUCGACCGGCCGCAGAUCCUCUCCGGCAAGCGGCUGCCUCACCAGCCCCGCCGCCUCCUGUCGUCGUCCAGCGGGUCGGCGACGCCGUCAGAGAGGUCGAUGCAGCUGGACCGGUCGCCGGAGCGGGCGACGGCGCUGCCGUCGCCGGACAUGACGCCGCCGGCCGCGCCGAGGCCGUCGCUGCAGCUGCCGCCGAUGGAAAUGAAGGAUGGGGGUGGGGCGCCCGCGGUGUGGCGGCUCCCGCGGCUGUCGCUGGACAGCCGCGCGGUGGUCGACGCCAGGGGGAAGCUCCGGCCGCGCGAGAUCCGGACGUCGCCCGUCGCGCCGCCUUCGCCCGGGGCGGGCGGGGAUGAGCGGCGGUCGCCCAGCGUCGUCGCGCGCCUCAUGGGCCUCGACGCGCUGCCGCACGGCGUCGAGGCCGGGGACGAGCGGGCCGCGCCGUGCGGCGGCGAGCUCCGGCGGUCGGCGUCCGAGCGCGUGCCUCGGGACCCGGCGUGCUUCCGGUUCGUUGAUCCGAGCUUCUUCGAGAAGCCGUCGCCGCCGGUGACGCCGCAGCAGCGGCCGUCUUCUCCGGGUGCGGAGGCGGCGUUGCGCCGUGCACCGGAUCCCGCUUGUCCCCGUGUGUUCCAGAGGCGAAGCCGCUUCGACGCGCACGACGUGUUCCCGGAGCCGGCGAAGCGCGUCGACUCGGCCGCCGCCGUUCACGGCGAGAUCGCUUUGUACGGUGAGAUCGAGCGGCGCCUCCGAAAGCGCGGCAUCGCCGAGCCGGCCCGGGAUCUGGAGACCCUCAAGCAAAUCUUGGAAGCUCUCCAGCUCAAGGGCCUCCUCCGCCACACGCCGCCGCCGCCGGUCUCAUCCAUGCGCAACCAGCCGCCUCCUAUCGUCGUCAUGCGCCCGUCAUCACGGCCGCCGCAGCCGCCGGCGUCACGGACGUCGCCCACGCGGCGAAUCCGCGUCGACGUCGACAACGCCCGCCGCCCGCGCUCACCGGACCGCGCCGCGUCGCCCGCACGGAGCCCGGCUUCCCCUGCUCGACGCGGCCCACAGUCCCCACAGCGACGCGUCUCGCCGGCGCAGUCGCCGAGGUACCAGCCCCCAGCAAGGAAGCUGAGCGCCGGAGACGCGGCCGCCGGCGUCCGCUCCCGCAUUGUGCGCCGCGCGGGUCACGGAACGGCGUCGCUGUCGCCCGACGACGACGCGUCCACCACCUUCUCCGACGGCGGCAGCAGCGGGUCACUCAGCGCAUCCUCCCGGUGGGACUUCGAGCAGCGCGCCCGCCCCGACGAGCUCCGCACCGACCGUAGCCUGCUCGAGCGCUGCGGCAAGCUGCUGAACAGCAUCCAGGCGUUCACCGCCGGCGACGACCAGCAGCCGAGCCCGGUGUCGGUGCUCGACGCGGCGGCGUUCCUCGCCGACGAGGACUCGCCGUCGUCGUCGGGCGGCGGGUCGAAGCGCGCCAUCUACUUCGGCGCCGCGAGCCCGCGGCCCGCGACCGCGUCCGACCCAGAGGAUGACGAGUGGGGCCUCCACGACACGUGGACGGCGGUGGGCCCGGACGCCGCGAGCCUCGGCGACCCGGACUACGCCUACGUGGCGGAGGUGGUCAAGCUGCUCGACCGGAUGCGGGACCCGUCCGAAGCGUACGCCGCGGCGGAGAAGGCCCGCGCCGGCGGCGACACGUGUCACCACCGGAGGCUCCUCUGCGGCGCGGCGGCGGAGGCCCUCGACCGGCGGCGAGCCGCCUGCGCGUGGGACCCCGUCGCGUGGCGCCGCGGCGGGGAGCUGGUGGCGCACGUCUGGGCCGAGGUGAAGCGGUGCCGCGACCCCGUCGCGCCGCCGGAGUCCGACCUCGAUCUGAACGAGCUCAUCCGCGGCGGCGUCGUCCGCGACCUCGCCGCCGACCACCACCGCUGGCCGCCGCAGCGGCUCCCCGGCGCGGAGGUCGCGGACGCCGUGCUGCACAUCGAGCGGCUGGUGUUCAAGGACCUCGUGGCCGACACCAUCCGCGAGCUCGCCGACGUGGACCGCCGCCUGCCACGUCGGAAGCUGGUCUUCUGAAACCAUCUCAACCAAACCUAUUACACCUAGUGUUGAGAUUAGCAACCACAAUUAAUCGAAUAAUAAUCAAUCACUACCUUGUACUGCUUGCUUGCUUGCUUGCAUUUUCUUGUCCAGAGAGAGAGAGAGAGAGAGAGAGAGAGAGAGAUCAAUGUUCAUGUAAAAUUACUUAAUUACUGCAACUGUUAGCCUCUUACUAGUAGCAGCACUGUUUAGUGUUACUGUCAAUUUGAAGUGUAAUUCUUUAACUACCAACUUGAUGAUGAUUGAUGUGAUGAACUGCUUGCUA